AUGGAGACUGAAGUAGCCAUGUCCAGAGUUAUCACCUCUCGAGCCGAAGUUACGCAACAAUUGCUCGCUAGAAAAGUUGUAAUGGGAUUGAAGUGGGUGGAUGUGGCGAAGGCAUUGGGAAGAUCAAAGGAAUGGACAACGGCCGCUUGUUUGGGUAAGAAAAGUAGCCAUUCGAGGACAUCGUACUUGGGCUACGUUACUAGGGACGUGCUUCAAUUGCGGUGCUCAGAUUUUGAUGAAACUUGGCGCAAAUUUAAAGACAAGUUUCUAGAUUUUUAAAUCGCGUAGAUUAAAUAAAAAUACUCUCUUGUCUCCAAAGACCAUGAAAUGGCUCAGCUAUGAAUGCAAAGUACGAGCUAAAAUAUUAAGAAAUGGAUGAUAUCACCUAUAGAAGAAUCUGAGUGUCUUAAAUCAUUUUUUCCGCUUUCCCAAUAAUUAUUACCCCGCCCAACUUUCAGGCCAAAUGCAGCUGACCUCCGAUGAAGCCAAGGCGGUUGUUUCUUUAUUUGAUUUGGGCGCUGAAUGUCUUCCCUGGCUUCAGACCGUCCCGUACAAGGGCCAGCCGGGCAUUCCAAGUGAUCCCGCCUUGUACCGUCUCUACGAAGCGUUGGGAGUCUUUGGUCCCGCAAUGAAAGAACUGAUUCAUGAAGAGUUUGGAGAUGGCAUCAUGAGUGCAAUCGACUUUAGUUUCACUGUAGAUCGAGUGGAAGAUCCCAAUGGAGAUCGGGUGAAAAUCGUUUGGAACGGAAAGUUCUUGCCUUAUAAGCGAUUUUAG